CUAUACACAUCUUUUUUUACCCAACACCAAACACCACACCUCCCUGGUCCCCUUAGCACUCUAGUAGCCAUGCCCUGAUCUCGACCUUGACCCUAGAUCCCCUACUACUAAGCCUCUCCUCAUACGACUCUCAAAUCUCCCAUCACCAACAUCACCAACAUCACCAAAUCCCCCUUCACCGAAAAUGGAAUCCCGCAUCCUCGCCCCCCUCAACACCCUCGAAACCCAAAUCACUUCCUUAAUCCAAACCCUCAGCACGACCAACACAUGGGCCAGCGCGCCAAUUCAAACCCAAGCACUCCUCUCCACGGACGACGACCUCAGCACAGCCAUCACCCUCCUGCAACGACACCAACAAAACUACGCGCGCAUUUUACAUCUCCGAGAAGAAUCCCUCGCUUUGGAAGAAGGACUCAAAAGCACGAUUCGACAAUGUAUAUCGUUACGUGAGGAAGUUGGAAGGAUUCACCCAUCUAUUCUCGACGAUGAUGAUGAUGAUAGCGACGACGACGACAACAACGAAGAAAAAGGUCAAUAUAACGGUACAAACUCAUCAGUCGAUUACCACACACUCCUCUCCUUCGCCGCCCGUGUCGGUAAACACAAUGCCUCGGCUGCAAGAGAAGCAGAAUCCGAAUCAACUCGAUUGAAACUUGCAGCUAAAUCUACCUCUCCUUCCACCGGCACCGGCACCGCCAACGGUGUUUUGGAAACACAAACUCGCACCGAAGAAACCGACGCUGAACUCCAACGCAUUAACAAUAACAUUGCCUUUCGACACGCACAAAUGGGAAUGGCAUUUCCGGAUGCGUCGAGUCUUCGAGUGGGUGAAUUGGGCAAGUUGCAAUUAUUUCGUGAAAGGCAGGCGGUACUUGUCUCGGCGGUUGAUGUGCAGAGACAGCAGGAGGAGAUUGAUAAUCUGGUGGACAAAGAGGUGGAGAGGUGGGUUAGGGAAAGUGAGGAUGUAGCUGAUGCUACUGAUGAUGCUCCUGGUGGGGAUGGUGACGGUGACGGUGAUGUUGCUGUGGAUGAGGCGAUGGGAGGUGGAGGAACUGGUGAGGCAUCAUCGUCGCGUGAUUUGACGAGCGCUGCUCGGAGACGUGCAAGUCAUGGUCCAGGGACUCAGUCGAGACCUCAACUGGGUCAGGCGCCGGCCGCGCCGAAAAGGAAGCUGGAUCUGGAUUUUCCUAGCAGUGAUGAUGAAGAUGAUGAUUGAUUUGAUUUGCAGAAUGGACAUAGCUUGCGAGAUCGUCCAUGCAAUAAAUCAGAAAUGAGAAAUGAAGCUUGAGCAUGUCAUUGGUCAAGAUUGCUAG